AAGGUUUAUUCAAGAGCGACAACAGACUGCUGAUUUAUCCAAGCGGGUGCUUGCUAGUGAAUUUAAAACCGAAACAUUGAAGUUCUUUACACCAAUCUUGUGUAUAUUGAUCUUUGUGUUUUGAACAUAAUUCUGUUUACGUAUCUACACGUUCAUUCUAAACGUAAUUUGCUUGUUUGAUUAGCAAAUGUGUUAAAUUGAUACUGCACUAGGCUAAUGGCCCAGAGCAUGAGCUCAGUAAACUAGACUGAUAAAGAAGCUCUGAUGAAAGGAGAGGAAGAAGCUUUCAGAAUGAAAAAGGAGGAAGAGGAGGCUAUCACAUUGAAAGAGGAGAAUGGAUUGAAAGAAGAGGAAGAACCUUUUGGAGUGAAAGAGGGAAAGGAGGCUAUCUCAAUAAAAGACGAGGAGGAAGACGUUUUGGGAGUGAAAAAGGAGGAGGAGACUGAAUAUCCGAUUAACAUCAGAGAGAGACAUGACUAUCGUGGAUCAUCUGGGGAGCCUCAACAACAUCCUGAUGCUGACGAGGAAGAGAAGAGUCUCUCCAGAUCAGAACACCAGAUGGUACAGCUUGGUCUGGUCUAGCAUACAGCUUGCUCUAUCAGGGUCUGGGCUGGGUUUCUGUAAAGCACUUUAUGACAACAGUGACAUCAGCAUCCAUAAUGAUAUGUGUCCCCUCUUUAUGGUUACCAGGACAACGCUAGCCCUUCCACCCUCCCGGAGUCCCCGUGUUGUGCCUCUCCCGGUAGCACCUUACUGCUGGGUAUGAAGAGGUUGUCUGUGCUGCUGGUGGACUGCAGGAAAACAACGGGGCUGAGUGGAACUGUGAGAGGAGGAGAAGAGAAGAAAGGAUCAGAUUUCACUCAUCAAAGUAAGUGUUGUAGUUUAGUUAGAACAAAUAAAGUAGAUCUGCCAACUAGACCUCAGCUGAAUCUGGUAAUGGAUUGUGUGGCUGUUGAACAAGUUGAGGAGACUAACUUACUUGGCAUUACCUUAGAUUGUAAACUGUCAUGGUCAAAACAUAUAGAUUCAAUGGUUGUAAAGAUGGGGAGAGGUCUAGCCGCAAUAAAGAGAUGCUCUGCUUUUUUGACACCACACUCCAAAAAGCAAGUUCUGCAGGCUUUAGUUUUGUCUAAUCUUGAUUAUUGUCCAGUCGUGUGGUCCAGUGCUGCAAGGAAAGACCUAGUUAAGCUGCAGCUGGCCCAGAACAGAGCGGCACGUUUUGCUCUUAAUUGUAAUCAGAGGGCUGAUAUAAAUACUAUGCAUGCCAGUCUCUCUUGGCUAAGAGUUGAGGAGAGACUGACUGCAUCACUUCUUAUUUUUAUAAGAAACAUGAAUGUGUUGAAAAUCCCAAAUUGUUUGCAUAGUCUGUAAGGGAAUUCUGCCCUAUGUGCACACAAGAGACCACAGGAAAACUUCUUUGAUCAGAGGUUAGUUUGUUUAAUAAGGAUUGCAACCUGGAGUAUACACUUACAGCAAUUUGCAAGCAAGAGACUCAGUUCAAAAGAUGGUGUUUUCCCUUUUUAUCCCCUACUGAGGAUCACCCCGCCCAGGGUGAUGUCCCUUAACUUUAAUACCAUAUAAGCUCAUAAUUAAAAGUUGCUAAUAUAAAGACACCCCGCAGCACAGCCCCUCUCCCCUAUUUGACCUAGAUAGUUUGUGUGUAUGCAUUGAUUUGUAGGCUACGUGUGCCUUUUACAAAAUGUAUGUAGUUCUGUCCUUGAGCUGUUCUUGUCUAUUGAUGUGCUGUAUUAUGUGUCAUGUUUUGUGUGGACCCCAGGAAAAGUAGCUGCUGCUUUUGCAACAGCUAAUGGGGAUCCUAAUAAAAUAACAAAUUCCAAACUCUGUUAUUCUCUCUGAGCUCAGAAAUAAAGAAUCUUGGUUUGA